UUCUCUCCUCCCUCCCUUUAUCUCCACAGCCUCUGUCCUAUUCUCUCUUUCUCUGUGUCCUGCUGUCCCAGUAUGGCAGCAGGAUGGACGCUCUGGUUCUCUGUCUGCUCCUCUCCGCCUACCCGCUGGGAUGCCCCGGCCUGACCCCCCCGGCCCAGCUCCCUCAGCCCCACAACCUGCCCCCCGCGCCGGGCUCCAACGGCAGCCACCGCAGCCUGUCUGUGGAUCUGCCCAUGGCUCUGAGGGUCUUCAGUGUGGACUACCACCACGUGCAGGCUCCCUUUGAGAUCGUCCUGUGGAUCAUGCUGGCCUCACUGGCCAAGCUGGGUUUCCACUGGUCAGGUCGAGUCCCGGCCGUGGUUCCAGAGAGCUGCCUCCUCAUCAUGGUGGGGCUCCUGGUCGGGGGGGUCAUCUAUGGAGUCCGCCACUCUGCCCCCCCAACACUCAGCGCUGAGGCCUUUUUCCUCUUCCUGCUCCCUCCCAUCGUGUUGGACGCCGGGUACUUCCUGCCAGGGAGGCUGUUCUUUGAAAACCUGGGUACCAUCCUCUGGUACGCGGUGCUGGGGACCUUAUGGAAUGUUCUGGGCAUCGGUGUGUCUCUGUACGGGGUGUGUCUUCUGGCCCACAGCUCCCUGGGGGAUGUGUCUCUGCUCCACUGCCUGCUCUUCGGCUCUCUGAUCGCGGCCGUCGACCCCGUGGCUGUGCUUUCUGUCUUCCAGGAGAUGCACGUCAACGAACAGCUGCAUAUCUUAGUGUUUGGAGAGUCACUGCUCAAUGAUGCCGUGACUGUGGUGCUUUACAAGUUGUUUGAGUCCUUCCUUCGCCUGCCUUCGGUGUCAGGGCUGGAUGUGCUGUUGGGUGGAUGCAGGGUGGUGGUAGUGGGCUUGGGGGGCUUGUUUGUGGGUCUGUUCUUUGGGUUGGUGGCGGCCCUCACCUCACGGUUCACCUCCAGAGCCCAGGUUAUUGCCCCUCUGUUUGUCUUCCUUUACUCCUACUUGUCCUACCUGACUUCAGAGAUGCUUCACCUCUCUGGCAUCAUGGCAAUUGUAACGUGCGCUGUAACCAUGAAACAGUAUGUUGAAGCUAAUGUGUCGGAGCGCAGCAACACCAGCAUCCAGUACUUCCUGAAGAUGUGGAGCAGCGUCAGUGAGACCUUAAUCUUCAUCUUCCUGGGUGUAUCCACCAUCCAGGACGUCCAUAUGUGGAGUUGGCCCUUCGUUUGCUCCACCCUGCUGCUCUGCCUGGUCUGGAGGGCCACAGGUGUUCUCCUUCUCACUGCUGUGGUGAACAAACUCAGGAGGAACGCCGUGACCUUCAGAGAUCAGUUCAUCAUCGCCUAUGGUGGCCUCAGAGGGGCAAUCUGCUUCUCUCUGGUGUUCCUGAUAGAUGACUUCCCCAAAAAAAGACUCUUCAUUACAACAACCAUCGUGGUCAUCCUCUUCACCGUCUUUGUGCAGGGGAUGACCAUAAAGCCCCUGGUGGAGCUGCUGGAUGUGAAGAGGAAGAAGAGGGCGCUGCCUACAGUCAGUGAGGAGAUCCACAGUAGGCUCAUAGAUCACCUGCUGGCAGGGAUUGAGGACGUGGUUGGCUACUGGGGACAGCACUACUGGAAAGACAAGUUUGAACAGUUUAAUAAGAAGUACCUGCGUCGUUUCCUGAUCCGAGAGGAGCGCCAGGCCCGGUCCAGCAUCCUCAGAGUCUACCAGGAGCUGGAAAGGAGAGAGCAGAGAGGAGACGAGGAGGCGCCACCGCUAGUUGACCCUCGCUCAAACAGUCGUCCACUCCUGCCCGAGGAGAUGGACAGCAUCAGGCGGAUCCUCUCUAGAAACCUUCACAACUUCAACAAAAGGCAGACACCGGCGUACAGCAGACACACACUCCACCAGGACGCCACCAUGGACAGGACCAGGAAACCCCUUCACAGACACCAGAGUCUGGGGGACAGAUACACAUAUAACACAAUAACACACUGGCCACAGGUGGAGGAUGUGGAGUUCAAUGGAUCACACAAACUGAGAGCUGGACUGAGCAGGUCUCACACAGUGUGCUCAAUAAGUCCAAGACAUGUCCUCCAAGACACCUCUGCCCCAGUGUCCACAGCUCAGACGGCACCGGCUGAUCCGAGAUCCUCAUCGGCUACAGCGGACCAGGUCUCACCACAGCACCAAACCCCAGGGGGACGAGGUCCAAAGAAACAGCUCAGCUUUGAUUUGGAGAGCGAGAAGAAGUGAAUGCAGACAGAGGGAAAUGUAAAGUGAAGUCGCCACGGUGAUAAAAUGACUCCAUAAAGUGCUUCUAUUAGUUGUGCAGUUGUGAGGACAAAGUGAGGGUGAUAAAAGGUAAUUUCAUGAACAUAAAUUAAAUCUGCUCAAACGGGUCAAAUAACUCACCUUCUGCUUUUAUGUUUCUGAAUGUUUGCCAGCACCAAUAAA